AUGAUUGAAUCUGAAAUGUUUUUGAAUACUACCGGCUUUAAAUCUUUAAAUUCCAUUGAUGAAUUUAAAAAUGGAAGGAAAGACGAGGACAAUUUUUUUUUUGAUUUUUUUGAUAUUUUGUCCGAAAGAAGAGGUACCAGUGAUAUUUUGUGGGCUUCCAGAGAAUGGAAUCCUUCUGUCGCUUAUUCACAAUCAGAAAAAUUGAUGGGAGAUUCUAUUAAAACGAUGGUUCUUAAUAGUCCACACUUAAAACACAAAAUUUUUGAGAUGAAUAAUAAAUUUUCAAUUCCGAUUAAUGUUUUAUACCAAAAUGCUCACGAAAUUUUAGAAGAAAUUGGUUUCUACCGCAAACUGCCUGUUAUUAGAUGGUUUGGAGUUUUUUUUGCUAAAAUUUUUAAAAAAUUAUAUACUUCAAUCUAUGUAAAUGAGGCCAAAUUUCUUAGGAUUAUAUCAAACAUGGGAAGCAAUCCAGUUUUAUUUCUACCAACUCACAGAAGUUAUUGUGAUUUUAUAUUAAUGGCUUAUAUUUGUUUUCAUUAUGAAUUUGAUAUUCCUAAAAUAGCAGCUGGAAUAGAUUUUUUAUCAAUGUCUGUUAUUGGUAAUUUACUAAGAGAUUCAUGUGCUUUUUUCAUGAGAAGAUCUUUCAAUAAUGAUGAGUUGUAUGCGACAAUAUUUAAUAUAUAUGUUCAAAGCCUUGUUAUUAAAAAUGAUUCGGCUAUUGAAUUUUUUAUCGAAGGAACAAGAAGUAGAACAUCAAAGUCACUGCCUCCGAAAUAUGGACUUCUUUCCAUGGCACUUAAACCCUUCUUUUUCGGUUUGGUACCUGAUAUUUCAAUAGUACCAGUUAAUUUAAGUUAUGAUAAAGUUUUGGAAGAAAUUCUUUUCGCUUAUGAACUCCUCGGAAUUCCAAAACCUAAAGAAUCAACAAAGGGGUUUUUCAAAGCUUUGAGUAUUUUAAAUGAAAAUUAUGGAAAUAUUUAUGUGAAUUUUGGUGAACCUAUUUCUCUUAAAGAAUAUUUUUCGACAAAAAUUGAUAGAUCGAAACAUUGUAUGGGACCUGUUUAUCUUCAACAAUUAUCCAAGGAAGAAAAUGAUCUUAUUAUAAAUUUAGCUUAUUCUAUAAUUAAUGAGCAAAGGGAUUUGACUGUAGUUAAUUGUUUCAAUUUGAUAGCUUCAAUUUUAAAUUAUUAUUAUAAAACUUCUUCCAAUCCUCUCACUGUUAACGAACUAACAACAGAAGUACAAUGGUUGUUUUCUCAAUUAAAAAUAUUAAUAACGGAUCGUUCAAAAUUAGCUUUAAAAGAUGUUACAAAAGACUUCAUAAUGUACCAUUUAUCAUUACAUAAACCGUUGAUAUUCGUAUCUCCCGAUGAGAAAAUUUAUUUGGGAAAAAUUGUCACAUCGAAUACAAAAAUUGUUUGUGAUUCUUUGGAAAAAAAUUUUUUAUCCUACAACACCCUAGACGUUGCCGUACCUGUUUUAAUAUUACAAAAUUACGUUAAUCCCAUUUCCCAUUAUUUCAUACCCAUUUGUUUUAUUUCUCAAAUCGUAGAUGUACAUUCAUCAGAUUCAAUUUUAUCAAAAUCCAUUCUUUUCAGGGAAUACGAAUUUUUAUGUUCGAUAUUUUCAUACGAAUUUGUCAUUCAUAAUAAAUUAAUAAAAAAGUCACCCGGUAAAAGUUUUUCAAAACAAGAAUUAUUAGAAACAAGUCAAAAAAAAAUUGAAAAAGAAUUGGAUCGCUUACACCCGUGUAAUUUAUCAUUAGACGUGUUAAAAAAUUCAUUGGAAGCUUUUGCCUACGUUGGAGCCGUGUAUAAACUCAGAGGGAAUUCCAUAAAGUUUAAAAUUAACGAAAAAGUCAUGAAAGAAAUUCAUUCGAAACUAAGUAAGCAUUUUUGUUUUUUUUUUUUUUUCAAUUAUUAUUAUUAUUAUUAUUAUUUUUAA